AUGCUCAAAAGCUUUUUGGGAUUUACAGAUCCUGCUGGGGUCAAGGGUCCUAAUGCAAAUCUUACCACAAGAGCCCUUCCUGCCAACUGGUACACCUCUCAGGAGAUGUAUGAGCUUGAACGACGAGCAAUCUUCUCCAGGAAAUGGCUGUUGACCACAAAUAAACUACGUUUGGCCAAUACCGGCGAUUAUUUAAAGUACAGCAUCGCCGGCUUCCCAUUCAUUCUUGUCCGUGACCGUGAAGGCAAUAUCAAUGCUUUCCACAAUGUCUGUCGUCACCGUGCCUUCCCAGUGGUCGCCGACGACGCCGAUAGUGGAUCCACUCGGAUCUUCUCCUGCAAAUAUCAUGGCUGGUCCUAUGGCUUGAAUGGCAAGCUUGCCAAGGCCCCUGGUUAUCAAGAGCUGGCGGGCUUUGAUAAGUCACAGAAUGGACUAUUUUCCAUUCAUACCCACGUUGAUGGUAAUGGGUUUAUCUGGGUAAACUUAGACAGUGCCGAGAAGCCUGAAAUUUCUUGGGAGCAAGACUUUGAUGGUAUCGAUUUACAAUCGCGGUUCAAAGACUUCGAUUUCAACGAAUAUGAGUUUGAUCACACCUGGGAUAUGGAAGGAGAGUUUAAUUGGAAAAUCCUGGCCGACAAUUACAAUGAAUGCUAUCAUUGCCAAACUGCCCAUCCCGACGUGCCAUCCGUGGCUGAUCUUGAGACUUAUGAUGUCGAUACGAAGGAUGGUAGCAUAAUCCAUAAUCCUGGUACUACGCCAGAGCAAGUUGCAAAGGGCAUGACGAUCGCCAGCACCUACUACUUCCCUAAUGCAUCCAUGACUGUUUCACCUCAUUUCUUCUUCAUGCAACGCUUCAUUCCUACUUCGCCAACUACAUGUUCCAUGCGGUACGAAGUAUACCGCAAGAAAGACUCCAACAGUGAGGAUUUCGAUGUAGUCAACACUAUGUUCAAAAGGAUUAUGGCGGAAGACAAAGAGCUCUGUACUCAAGCUCAAAAGAAUCUAAAUACGGGAGUAUUUGUCAACGGCGAACUUCAUCCGAGAAUGGAGAAAGGCCCUCUCUACUUUCAGAGUGUUGUUCGAGAUAUUGUAACGGACUUUCAUAAACGAGAGGAAGGAACUGGACGAGAGAUUUGGCCGUCACGUCAAGCCCUUCCUACCACCGCAACGACCAGCCAAGAUGACAUGGAUUUCUGUAUCAACCUAACGACGCAGAAAAAGGGAUCCGAUUGUUCUUCACAGACAAAUGCAGGUGGUUGUUGCGGAGGAGGAUGCCAGUCCGGUAGUAAAGAGGCACUGGCCUAUUGA